GCAACACUUCCUCUGCAUCUGGAUAUGAAGGGAGCCCCAGAAAAGCGGAAGAGUUGAGAGGUGUACGGGGUAGGUUUGAAUUUGUUUUGUUUCAUAAAGUAAACAAAUGUCCCUUCAGCAUCACCUCCGGGGCUUGAUCAGGUCGCUCGGGGCAUGGAGCUGGAGAAUUAUGAGCAGCCGGUGGUUCUGAGAGAAGACAACCUCCGCCGGCGUCGGAGGAUGAAGCCACGCAGUGCGGUAGGCAGCCUGUCCUCCAUGGAGCUCAUCCCCAUUGAGUUCGUGUUGCCCACCAGCCAGCGCAUCAGCAAGACUCCAGAGACUGCGCUGCUGCACGUGGCAGGCCACGGCAAUGUGGAGCAGAUGAAAGCCCAGGUGUGGCUGCGCGCCCUGGAGACCAGCGUGAUGGCGGACUUCUAUCACCGGAUGGGCCCAGACAACUUCCUCCUGCUCUACCAGAAGAAGGGACAGUGGUACGAGAUCUACGACAAGUACCAGGUGGUGCAGACCCUAGACUGCCUGCGCUACUGGAAGGUGCUGCACAAGAGCCCAGGUCAGAUCCACGUGGUGCAGCGACACGGGCCUUCGGAAGAGACCCUGGCCUUCCAGCGGCAGCUCACCGCCCUGAUUGGCUAUGAUGUCACUGAUGUCAGCAACGUCCACGAUGACGAGCUGGAGUUCACACGCCGCCGUCUGGUCACACCUCGUAUGGCCGAAGUGGCUGGCCGUGACGCCAGGCUCUAUGCCAUGCACCCCUGGGUGACGUCCAAGCCCCUCCCAGACUACCUGUCUAAAAAGAUUACCAAUAAUUGCAUCUUUAUCAUCAUCCACCGCAGCACCACCAGCCAAACCAUCAAGGUCUCUGCAGAUGAUACUCCCGGCACCAUCCUCCAGAGCUUCUUUGCCAAGAUGGCCAAGAAGAAGUCACUAAUGAAUAUCCCGGAAAGCCAAAAUGAGCAGGAUUUCGUGCUGCGGGUCUGUGGCCGGGAUGAGUACCUGGUGGGUGAAACGCCCAUCAAAAACUUCCAGUGGGUGAGGCACUGCCUCAAGAAUGGAGAGGAGAUUCACCUGGUACUUGACAGUCCUCCAGACCCAGCUCUGGAUGAGGUGAGGAAAGAAGAGUGGCCACUGGUGGAUGACUGCACUGGAGUCACCGGCUACCAUGAGCAGCUGACCAUCCACGGCAAGGACCAUGAGAGCGUGUUCACAGUGUCCUUGUGGGACUGUGACCGGAAGUUCAGGGUCAAGAUCAGAGGUAUUGAUAUCCCCGUCCUGCCCCGGAACACUGACCUCACUGUUUUUGUGGAAGCAAACAUCCAGCAUGGGCAGCAAGUCCUUUGCCAAAGGAGAACCAGCCCCAAGCCCUUCACCGAAGAGGUGCUUUGGAACGUUUGGCUUGAGUUCGGCAUCAAAAUAAAAGACUUGCCCAAAGGAGCGCUACUGAACCUCCAAAUCUACUGUGGCAAAGCUCCAGCACUGUCUGGGAAGGCCUCUGCAGAGACUCAGGGUUCAGAGUCCAAGGGCAAAGCCCAACUUCUCUAUUAUGUGAACUUGCUGCUGAUAGACCACCGCUUCCUCCUGCGCCACGGAGAAUACGUGCUCCACAUGUGGCAGAUAUCUGGGAAGGCAGAAGACCAAGGGAGCUUCAAUGCUGACAAGCUCACUUCUGCAACAAACCCGGACAAAGAGAACUCAAUGUCCAUCUCCAUCCUGCUGGACAACUACUGUCACCCCAUAGCCCUGCCUAAGCAUCGGCCCACCCCUGAUCCUGAAGGGGACCGAGUUCGCGCUGAAAUGCCCAAUCAACUUCGCAAGCAAUUGGAAGCGAUUAUAGCAACUGAUCCUCUUAACCCCCUCACAGCAGAGGACAAAGAAUUGCUCUGGCAUUUUCGAUAUGAAAGCCUGAAGCAUCCAAAAGCAUACCCUAAGCUAUUUAGCUCAGUGAAAUGGGGACAGCAAGAAAUUGUGGCCAAAACCUAUCAACUGUUAGCCAGAAGGGAGAUCUGGGAUCAAAGUGCUUUGGAUGUUGGCUUAACUAUGCAACUCUUGGACUGCAACUUUUCAGAUGAAAAUGUAAGAGCUAUUGCAGUUCAGAAACUGGAGAGCUUGGAGGAUGAUGACGUUUUACAUUACCUUCUCCAGCUGGUGCAGGCUGUGAAGUUUGAACCAUACCAUGACAGUGCACUGGCUAGAUUCCUGCUGAAGCGUGGCUUGAGAAACAAAAGAAUUGGCCAUUUCUUGUUCUGGUUCUUGAGGAGUGAGAUAGCCCAGUCCAGACACUAUCAGCAGAGGUUUGCAGUGAUCCUGGAAGCAUAUCUACGGGGAUGUGGCACAGCCAUGCUGCACGACUUCACCCAGCAGGUCCAAGUGAUUGAGAUGUUACAGAGAGUCACCAUUGAUAUUAAAUCACUGUCUGCUGAGAAGUAUGACGUCAGUUCCCAAGUUAUUUCACAACUUAAGCAAAAGCUUGAAAACCUGCAGAAUUCCAAUCUCCCCAAGAGCUUUAGAGUUCCCUAUGAUCCUGGACUGAAAGCAGGUACUUUGGUGAUUGAAAAAUGUAAAGUGAUGGCAUCCAAGAAAAAGCCCCUGUGGCUUGAGUUUAAAUGUGCUGAUCCUACAGUCCUGUCCAAUGAAACAAUUGGAAUUAUCUUUAAACAUGGUGAUGAUCUGCGCCAAGACAUGCUGAUCUUACAGAUUCUGCGAAUCAUGGAGACUAUUUGGGAGACUGAGUCUCUGGAUCUGUGCCUUUUGCCGUAUGGUUGCAUCUCCACAGGUGACAAAAUAGGAAUGAUCGAGAUUGUGAAAGAUGCCACAACAAUUGCUCAAAUUCAGCAAAGCACAGUGGGCAACACGGGUGCUUUCAAAGAUGAAGUUCUGAAUCACUGGCUCAAGGAAAAAUGCCCUAUUGAAGAAAAGUUUCAGGCAGCAGUGGAGAGAUUUGUUUAUUCCUGUGCAGGCUACUGUGUGGCAACGUUUGUUCUUGGAAUAGGUGACAGACACAACGACAACAUUAUGAUCUCAGAGACAGGAAACUUAUUUCAUAUAGACUUUGGACACAUUCUUGGGAAUUACAAAAGCUUCUUGGGCAUUAAUAAAGAGAGAGUGCCAUUUGUGCUAACCCCAGACUUCUUGUUUGUGAUGGGGACUUCUGGAAAGAAGACAAGCCCAUACUUCCAGAAAUUUCAGGAUGUCUGUGUUCGGGCUUAUCUAGCGCUCCGUCAUCACACAAACCUGUUGAUCAUCUUGUUCUCCAUGAUGCUGAUGACAGGAAUGCCCCAGUUAACAAGCAAAGAAGACAUAGAAUAUAUUCGGGAUGCUCUCACCGUGGGGAAAAAUGAGGGGGAUGCUAAGAAAUAUUUUCUUGAUCAGAUUGAAGUUUGCAGAGACAAAGGAUGGACUGUGCAGUUUAACUGGUUCCUGCAUCUUGUUCUUGGCAUCAAGCAAGGAGAGAAACAUUCUGCUUAAUAUUUGGGGACAGAAUCAAAACAAUUUAGUGUUCUAAAGAUUUAAAUCCACAUGUCAGUUAUCAGACUUGAAUUUAUAAUGCAAUAGGACACUAUAAAAGCUAGCACUUCAGAAAUACAGCUCUUUCCCCAGCUGAGAAAAAAAUAAUGUUGGCAUAAUUCAUUAAUAUUCCGUGCUAGACCUAUUUGCUGUUUUUUUUCUAAUGUUCUUAGAAUAUGCUGGAGAAUAUUCUAAGUUUGAAUAGACUGAUGACUUCCUUAUGCCUAGCUGUUUUUUAUUGAAUGCUUCUAGAACUACUUCAAUAGGACAAUUGGUGAUAGCUGUUAUCACUUUCGUUUACUCUCAAUUUUGGUCAGCCUGGUUCUUUAAAUUCUUUACAGAAAAAGAUGUAAGCAUUGUAUUUUCUAUUUUGUUCUCUAAGCAUCAUCUCUGUGCCUUGGAUGUUAAUGAUGUGCUAAAAGCAAGAAGGAAAAGUUAUCCUUUAGGGUGUCUUUCACAACGUGCAGCUGAGAUGCAUAGACGCAUAAAGCAAACUCAAUCUGUGCCUUGACCCUCCUCUGUUAGUCUGGCUCAAGGGUUACAAAUAUGAAAAUUGGAGGUAAGGGCUUUUGUCUGAGGAUGAAUAACCAGUACAAUUAGUGUCAUCUUCUGAAUCACCAAAGCUCAAAAUAAAUAAAUAGACUGUCUUAUGCCUGCAAAUUUCACUUUCCCUUUUCCUGCCUCCCGUCUUCCUGAGUUGUCCUCCUACACUUCGUGAACUGUGGAAGUUUCAAGGACAACUUCUCCCUAUGACUCAAAGUUACUUGAAAGAGAGUAUCUACUCUAGGAUUACCAGAAUUAUUGGUACUUAUUUAUGGAGCUGUUUCAUGGAUUUUUAAAAGAAUAUUACUAAAAGAGGUGUUCAAAAACAUUAGUUUCCAAAUGCUUUAAUUUGAAUCUGAACACCUCUUUAUUUUUUUAAAGGAAGACGAAAUUUGCUAUCAAAAUGUGUUCUGUUUGUAAGAACUCUACUUGCCUAUUCAUGUCUCACUUUAAAGGAUUUUGAGAUUUUGAGACCUCCCAGAUUACCUAAAGACAAUUGAACCGUUUUCCUUUAAAAUAUCAUUUAGCUCUUAAAUAUUGUGCUGUUUAUUGAAGGUGUUAAUCAACCUUAAAGAGAUCAUUGAAUUGUUUAUGCAAUAUCUUUACCUAUCAUUAAUUCCCUAGAAAUAACUGUGUUAAUGGUGUCCAUAUUUAAAUAGAACAAGAUAUACAUAUUUUUCUGAUUUUUUAAUUUUCAAAAUAGAUACCUACUUUACUUAGAUGGAGUCCAACCUUCCUUUUAUGUAUGCAGAAGCCAAGUGGGGCCUAAUUUUGCUGCAAAUAAAAACACUUUAUCAGGGACACUUUUUAAAAAUGCCCUUGCCCGAGCCCCAUUUUUUCAGAUUAUAAUUUACUUAGUGAGAGAUGAGGCCCAGGCACAGUUUUCUAAGUACACCAGCUGAAUCUACUACACAGGCAGGGAAGGAAGACCUGCAUGGCCUAUGAAGGUGUAGGUCAUCCUGCCUCCCUGCCCACUGAGUCUUCCCCUGACUCGCAACUACCUACAAAGAACUCCUUAUCCUGGACAAUUGACCCUUUUAAAAUCAUGCUAUCUCCCUGUACCGAGAGAGGACCAUGCCCUGUGCUGAAAUCUUAUUUUUCUCUAUAAGUAGAAUUUGGGUAUUUUAUAGCAUUUCUGAACCACGGUUCCCUGCUAAUCUUUUGAAGCAGAGCAGGAAGGAUGAUGCUUUCUAUUCAGAACAGGCUUUAACUUUGUUUCUAAAGAUGAACUGCCACAGACUGCGCAGACUCUGCUUUUCAUUUGAAUUGCUGAAAUGAUCGUCUUGAUGAGAAAUCAACUACAGAGCAACAUAUCUAUAUUUAGCUUAUUGGCACAUAUGUGUACAUAUUUGUUCUUGAAAUGAACCAGCUUUUCCAUGAAGCUGAAAUAUGUAUGAUACUAUAUAUCAGAGUUCGUAUCUCCAUAUUCUAAUGGAUGUAAUUUCAACUCUGUAAACUUGCAGAUAAACAAAAAUCACCUUUGUUUGCUUGCUUUCUUUACACAGUUCCUGUGAGUUAUA